AUGGGAGUCUCCACAGAAUCUGAAUAUCACCAUCUGCGACCGGUAGGUCGAGUUCCCCCGCUUCCUGAUGCGCCAGAACACAGACAACAAAUUGCAAAUUGGAGUCCAUAUACACACCCAAGGUCAUCACGAUCAUCAUCGUCAUUGUCAUCACAAUCAGCAUCUACCCCAGGAAAAGCCACACAUAGGACAGACCAUGGGUUACUUAGAAAGAGUCCCGAUGUAGGUGACUUGAAUGCUCAGUUAGUUACAGCAACAGGUCAUGCCUCACACGGUCAACAUAGCCUGCAUCUGAAUCAUACUAUAGCUACUCCUUCACUACACUCAAACUCCAAAUUGAAUCCAAAUUAUCAUCGCAAUGCAUUAUCCACUUCCCCCGUACGACAGAGCGUUGGUGAUGGCCAUUUACAAAAUGGUCAACUACGUCAAAGAGCUUAUUCCAGCUCGCCACCUAGAACCAAUCCUUCACACGUCUCCUCACAAGGCUCCUCACAAGGCACCUCACAUGCAUCUACGUCUAUGCAACAAACCACUUCGGUCAACUCCCAGCUCAGUAGUGAUGAUGUGAAAAUAUACUACACAAGACUCAUCAACUAUGAAUUUAGAAACUUGCAGCUUGAUACAGAUUUGCAGACCAAAUCGUUAUUCGACUUGAUUGAUUACUGUGAAUUACUAUACGAAAGAUCAGAUACACAAUUACGAAACUCAACGCACACGGAACAACUAUCGGGAAUAAAGACAUAUAUCAAAGGUUACCUAAUAUUCAAUUAUUUUAUAAAUAGUUUUAUCAUGCUUCAUUACCAAGGAUUCGACGAGUUUAUCAAAAAUAGCGAGCAAGAUUUCAUAAUUUAUUUGAAUAUUUAUGCAUUUUACAACACAGAUAUAUAUUUCCAAAACGGACAAUACUCAGUUGAUGCUAUUGAUUUGAGGAGAUACAUUAAGCUCUACCUCGUUGACAAAAAUUUGCUAAGCUUCAACAUAGAAGAGUUGUAUGAGUGGUUAAAUGAAUAUAUACGAUAUCUCCAGGAGAUGGAGCAACGAUCGCAAAUGGAACAAGAUGGAGAUCUGGGGCUGGAAUACUCAGAGGAGGAGCAAGCGAGCAUACAAGAUCAAGAAAGCAUGGACGGCUACGACGAGUUAUCUUUUGACAAUUCAGCAUACCCACCAUCUAGUAUAACGGAUCAUCCCAAUCAUCACACUCAUAAUCAUAAUAAUCAUCAUCAUCAGCAACAGCAGCAGCAACAACACCGCCACCAACAAAAUAGUCAUUCACGAGGGUCAUCAAUUGCAUCUUUAGAUGGUUUUAAGUUGAGAUAUCCAUCGGUAAAAUUGAACCAGGUACCGGCAACAGAACACCAGAGUGCUAUUGAGUCAAAGGCUGCAAAAAAACUACCACCACCACCGCCACCUCUUCCACUGCUGCAACCUCCUAUUCCUAUUCAUUCUAUGCCGCCAAUUUCUUUGGUACCACCUAUUCCAAACCCUUUACCUGAACUACCAUCACUGAGAAAUGUCUCUGCACUGCCACAGAAUACACAUAUUACGCCGUACCCGAAGCAACCUAUCCUAAAUUUGGAUGUUGACAAUUACACCUUGCCAACGAACGAUAUACCAAAAAAGAAUGAUAAAUCACAUAAAAACAUACCACACCUUACAAAUCAAAAAGCUGCUAGUGUUGCUGUACCAAACGCGAGUAAUCAUUACAUUAAAGAAAAGAAGCACACGACACAGCCAGACGGGUAUCAUCGUGCUAAACACAGUCAAUCGGUUCCACUUGACAACAAUUAUGUAAAUGGCUAUUCUCUGCAAGUAUACGGUGCGAUCCCUCCACAAGGACAUCAACCUACUUAUCAAGGUCCAUCGUAUGUAAAUUAUGGACAAGCCCCAUAUUAUCCUCAGCAGGUCCCUCAACAGUAUGGCAUGGUGCACCACUCAACACAACAACUUAAUUAUCCACCUCCUCAACUGUACCCCGCAUCUCAACCGUUUGCGUAUUCACCUCACAACAACUUGAUUCCAACACAUGUUUUACUACAACAAGAGCAAAUCAAGUCCCAAAAAGUCAGUAUAUUACGAGACUAUUCAAUCUGUGGCUUGAAAAACUUUGGCUCGUCAUGUUAUAUAAACUCGACUAUCCAGCUUCUAUUUGGAAUAUACCCAUUCAAAAUUAUAUUCAAUCGUGGGUUUCAACGUUUUGUCAAAGAUCCGAAAUACAUUGAUAUAAUGAAGAAGAUCAAUUCACACAGUAAGGAUUCUGCAUUGUUGAGUGAGGCCGUAGCUGGACUUUUGCGCACUUUCCAACAAAAUGGUGGUGCCUCCGUGGCACCAACAAAGUUUAUUCGUGUCACCUCGUUGCUUAAACCAGGCUUGAAUAUUCCCCACGAGCAACAAGAUGCACAAGAGUUCCUCUUGUUUGUGUUAGAGAGGUUACACGAUGAGCUUAGUGAUAAAGCAGUCGAAGAUUUUGACCCCGAUAAGUUGUUUGCCAAAUGGGGGAUCACUGUAAAUCCAGAAAAUAAGUCAUCGUAUACGAAAUGGUACAAGUCAUUACAUGCCCAUGAAGGUUCAAGCCCUAUCCUGGAUCUUUUCCAAGGACAUUUGCAGAAUAAGCUCAAGUGUAACAAAUGCUCAUACGAGUCCAUCACAUAUUCACCAUUUUCUAUCCUUUCGUUACCUAUACCAAACACCAGGCAUAACAAUGAAGUAGUCGACUUGAGUUCUUGUUUAAAGUAUUAUAUUCAGGAUGAAACACUAUCGGGUGACAAUGCAUGGCGAUGUCCCAAGUGUCAUGGUGAAGUACCCACGGUUGAAAACCAUCCAGUGUUUGUGAAAAAGAAAGGGCUUUUUAAGCUUGGAAAAUCAAAACAAAAACAACAACCGGCAGGUGAAAAUGCAGCUGCAACUACAACGGUGUCUACAAAAUCCCUAAAUUUCGUCAAACUACCAACCAUUUUGUUUAUUCAUUUAUCCAGGUUUUCAAUGUAUAACCUAACAGACAAAUUGGACACGCCAAUUCGUUACCCAUUGCAACUUCGUUUCAACAAUCAUGGACAUGAAAUAGUAUACAAGAUUUCUGGAGUGAUUAACCAUUUCGGAAACUUAAAGAGUGGCCAUUAUACUGCACUAAUUAAUAAAUCCACGGUCAAUGAAACCAAUUACGAUUUAGAGAAUCUCGUGCAUCCAUAUUGGUGUUAUUUCGAUGAUGAAAAUGUUAAACUGAAUGUCAGCAAUGGUAAUAUACGUGGAGGACCAGGGUAUGAUGAUGUGGUUUCAAAGGAUGUUUAUGUUUUAUGUUACGAAAGGGUUAAGACAGUUUAG